UCAUAAAAUUGUGUUUAUUCUGCUGGUGAUAACAAACAGUCUGAGAUUCUAAAUGUGAUACUUAACAAUUGUGUUACAUAACAUGUCUGGGACAUUCCACACAUUGCAUUUGUUAAUGUUACGAAAAGAACCUACAACAAUUCUUUUAUACAUAUUUCUAUUAACAACAAUAAGAGACUCAUUUUGUGCUAAGUAUUUUGUUUUCAAAUCGUCAUUACUAUGGCAUUACCAUCGCUAAACAAUGGACAUAAAAAAUAGCAUUUCAUUACUGGCAGUUAACAAUUCUAAGGACAAACUUUUAAAUCAUUUUCUUAUACUUUUUUUUUUUUUUUUAAAUAUAAUUUUCACAAGAGUACACAGUCUAAGAUGAGGCAGGGUAAGGAGGUGGGCAGUUGCAGUGAGAAAAAACAAUUACCGAUUUUUGCUUUUUAUUAAUUAUGCAAAUUUCCACAAAAACAAUUAAUUUUCAUGGUUCAUAUGAUUUUAAUUAAUAAAAGAAUAAACGACACCCCAGCAUUGGAAUCAUAGUUCAAGCAUGCUGUUCUGGGUACAACUCUUUUUAUCUGAACUGUCUGUUCAAGACAUGGAUUAAUAAAUGAAAAAGGUCUGUUAAAAUUCACUAGGUUGGACAGGGUACAGAAAAACUAACCUAACACCACUGGACAAAAAAUAUUCAGGGGAAAACUUUGCAGGUUUUUCAUUUUAAUAUACUUUUGGCACACUCCUCAGCUAUCUGGGCUGUAUAUCUUUUAUUAUGAAAUAAAUUAAAGAUUUGGAGGAAGGGGAACAGGAGGGUAGUGGAAAAACAUGGUUUCUUUGAGAGUGUGCUUGUGAAAAUUAUAUAAGAAAACAAUUUUUUUUUUUUUUACUAAAAUAUGGAUAAAUCUUAGCUUAAACACUAUCAGCAGUGUCACCAUGGAUAUAAACUAAAAUGGGAAAUAAUCUGGGUUUAGGAAUCUCACCACUAUUUUGUUUACAUAGACGAGCAGACAAACAGCCUGUUGCAAUUAAACUGGAAACACAAUGUUUAUCUUUCUAUCUUAGAAGAGAAUAGCCUCGGACUUCAUUCUACUACGAAAAAAACCAAAACAAAAAACCCCAAACAUUCGCCACCUGGAGUUUGAAAUAUGACCACCCUUUAUUUGUGGCAUCUGAAAAGGGAAGCAACUCUCAUUAGACGGCAUUCAGUUCUAGAUGCAGGAAUCAACUAUUGUUAUACCAUAAUUAACUUAACAGUCAAAUAGUUGAGAUUGUAAAAAGAAAAGAAAGAAAGAAAAAGGAAUUCUUUUUCAGUAGAACUAUAAUCAUUGUCUACAUGUUGCUGUUUGACUGCGAUAGUGGUAUGAUCCCUAAACUGCUUCUUAAGUUCUAACUGCGGAGACAGAAUUUGUCAUUUCCAGUCAUACUAUGACAGGGGAGAUAACCUGCAACAUAAAAUUUUAAAUACUAAUACAUGUAUCUUGAGAAGGUUUUUAAGUUGAUACAUGUCAAUGUAACUAAAUAAGCAUAUUGAAUAUUGCAGUUAAACCAAAUACUAUUAGAACCAGUAACUUAAUUAAUUAAAACAGCACAGGCACCAAUGUUUUAAAUCUAAAGCAACUGGAAUUCUUACCUUGGGGGAGGGUAGGGGGACGUGCCAAGGGUUGGCUGAAUUACAUUUCAUUAACUGGUGAUGGUAAUGUCUGAAACCUAUUUGAUUUUGUUUUACUUGGUUGGUUUAGAUGGUUGCACACUAUUAAAACCAAUAACUUAAUUCAAUCAAAACAACACAGGCCCAAUUUUGUAAAUAUAGAGCAACUGGAAUUCUUACAGUGGGGGUUGGGGUGGAAUGACUUGCCAAGGGUUGGUUGAAUUACAGUUGCAUUAACUUUCACGGUCUCAAAACCUAUUACAUUUUUUUUUUUAAACUUGCUUCUGUUAAAAGGAUGUGCAAUUACACAAAGUAGCACACAAACUGUUUAAGCAAAACGUGUGUUCUGUUUCACGUCGGUUUCUUUACACUAAAUUAAUUCUAAAACGCUCAAGAACACUUUCGUUAAUUAAAACUUACCCUGUUAGCAAAAUAAAAAAAUAAUGUCCCUUAAUACCGUAACAUCUAAGAGUAGCAAACGAAUAUGAGAGCUUGCAAUGUACAGAAAAUACAAUCAACAUUGUUUGCACUAUUUACAGAAUCUUUGUACACAUUCUCAACACAAAUUUCAACAUUGUUUUAACAGCAGUCAACAAACCAAACUUGAAUUACAUUAACAGCAUAUUAUAUUUCUUUCUCUGCCAGUCACCGACUUGUAUUGUAGUAAAACAAAAUAAUAAUAAUUAAAAAAUGUAUAAUUACACUAUAAAUUGCAUAAACUAAAUAAUAUGUGUCCACUGAAUAAAUAUACUGUGCCGAAUUUACUAAGCCUUUUUUCUCAAACGCAGGUGUUUAAGCACUGUAAAUGUAUGUAGUUCUACACGUGUAAGAUGCAGAGCAGAUCAUUUUAUCAUGCUCCUAUACCAGGAAGGUUUCGAGCAUGUCCAUCCCAGGUCCCGUCUCUGGAUAGCCAGGUCCCGUCUCUGGACAGCCAGGGACCAGAUCGGAGACAGAUUGAUCGUGAGACAGCAGGUUUCGUAAAUUCAGCUCAUUAAGUACAUGCUAAUGUAGUAAAGUAACAAAUGCACAAUCACGAGUCGAUGCUAUUGAGCACAAUCUUGAGUAUAUAUAUUUGAUAUAAUUGUUGAGGCUUAUACGAAUGUCAAAGCAGGAUUUUAAAAGUAUAUUUGCUUUUGAUCGUUUUGAUUGUUUUUUUUAAACAUGAAGGGCCAAAUUUACGAAGCCUGUUUUUCUUAGACACGUUUUCAAGCCCUGUAAAUGUUUGUAGUUACACGCGUGUAAAACAUAAACAGGCUUUUUAAAUGUGGCCCGAAGGGUUUAAAGUAUUUUUGUUAUUUUGCUGGAAAUAUUAACAGGAGAUGUAAUUUGUUUUUCUGGUCAUAAAGAAAUAGGAAUUUGCCGAAACAUUCAAUGUGAUAAAGGGUGUUAUAUCACACCUGAAUUCUACAUUCAGUGUGAUAAAAGGUGUCACAUCACACCUGAAUUCUACAUUCAAUGUGAUAACAAAUUCUACAUUCAGUGUGAUAAAAGGUGUCACAUCACACCUGAAUUCUACAUGCAGUGUGAUAAAAGAUUCUACAUUCAGUGUGAUAAAAGGUGUUACAUCACACCUGAAUUCUACAUUCAGUGUGAUAAAAGGUGUCACAUCACACCUGAAUUCUACAUGCAGUGUGAUAAAAGAUUCUACAUUCAGUGUGAUAAAAGGUGUUACAUCACACCUGAAUUCUACAUUCAGUGUGAUAAAAGAUUCUACAUUCAGUGUGAUAAAAGGUGUUACAUCACACCUGAAUUCUACAUGCAGUGUGAUAAAAGAUUCUACAUUCAGUGUGAUAAAAGAUUCUACAUUCAGUGUGAUAAAAGGUGUUACAUCACACCUGAAUUCUACAUUCAGUGUGAUAAAAGAUUCUACAUUCAGUGUGAUAAAAGGUGUUACAUCACACCUGAAUUCGCCCAGUCAGCUACCUACUCGUUGUACCACCUGCAUAAUGAAUCAGUCAGACAGAUAACAAGGAACCAGAUGUAAUAAUGGUGAUUGGAAAUUGAAACUGAGGUAAAAAUAACACCCGAUACUUGAAAUUUUUUAUCCAUGCAGUUUUAAUUUAAAAAAUCCCCAGAAGAUCAUUGCUGUCUGCCAGAAGCCACCAUUAUCCCCGAUAGAUUGGUGUUUGUAUUGUAAUCCUGCCCAAGAAUGACAAGCACCAAACAAAUUUGUUACUGAAUGAUAUUUAUUAAUGUUGAAAAACUUAAGGAAAACAAGUUUUAAAGGCUGCAUUGCAUAACCGAUGACCUACUAAAAGCAAACAAUUUGUUUGGUGUAAUGACACCACAAGUGCACAUUAAUGUCUCAAUCAUCAGCUACUGGAUGUUAAAACAUUUGACAAUUCUGACAUAUAGUCUUAGAGGAAACCACUUGCUACAUUUUUUUUCCAUUAGCAGCA